AGGGAUUUGUACACAUCGAACCAGUAGUCAACUCCUCCCUCUAAAUUGUACACACACAUAGGGCUCAGUGCUCGCUUUGCCGAAGAGCUGGAUACCCGUAAGAAAACAACGUCUGUUUUGCAAUAACCCUUGGACACGAACAUUUGUGUGUUUUUAUGCAUUCGUUCGUCGUGUUUGUUAUUCUUUUAUUUUUGAUUGAUAUUCGUUUUGCAUCCACGAGCAGCAUUGAAAUUCGCUGUUAUGAUUUGAGUCUCGGAGCAACUCAAGAGUGGAGGCCAGGAGACCCACCACAAGUCAUCUACAAUUCUGCCGUGUUUUUAGUUUUUUCCCACCUUUCUCUAUUGUCUCUUGGAAUACGUAUUUACUCCUCAAUUUUUGUCCUAAUGCAAGUUGAACGUUUUCAAUAGUUCUCGACCACUUUUAUCUGAUGACAGAGUGAAGUUGGUGCAUUUUUCUGCAUCCUGAAAUCUGCAAAUUGAGAGAGAUUAUUUGAUUCAGAAUUUACAUUGUGGUUUGCUGAUUUGAGGGAGACGCUUGCAAGUGUAGCCCUCCAGCCUCCACUAUGCUCUUCCAUGGGCUGCCCGGAGGCGAGAUGCAGGGGGUCAUCGACGAGAUCGGCCGGAGGGCGAAGGGCGAUUCUACCGCCAUCAGUUCGGCCAUAGACAUGGGGGAAACGGAGACGAGUAUUACGUCCAUCAACAGCGACCGUGUGGCCUUAUGCGCGGGCUGCGGGGGGAAAAUAUCUGACCGUUACUACUUGCUUGCGGUGGACAAACAGUGGCACAUGCGCUGUCUCAAGUGCUGCGAGUGUAAACUCAACCUCGAGUCAGAGCUUACCUGUUUCAGUAAAGACGGCAGCAUCUAUUGCAAAGAAGAUUACUACAGCAGGAGGUUUUCCGUCCAAAGGUGCACCCGUUGCCAUCUCGGGAUCUCGGCGUCGGAGAUGGUCAUGCGGGCGAGGGACUUGGUCUACCACUUGAACUGUUUCACCUGUACAAGCUGCAACAAAAUGCUCAGGACCGGAGACCACUUCGGAAUGCGGGACAGUCUUGUGUACUGCCGGCUCCACUUUGAGACACUCAUACAAGCGGAAUAUCAAGCGCAUUUCAAUCACGCGGGGGAUGUAGCCUCGGGCAAAGGACUUGGCGCGGGCAGCAUGGGAAACUCGCCGGGGCUGCCCUACUACAACGGCGUCGGGACCGUGCAGAAAGGAAGGCGGAGGAAAAGGAAAAGUCCCGGGCCUAGAGCAGAUCUGGCGGCUUACAACGCAGCAUUAAGUUGCAAUGAGGAUGGGGACCACCUGGACCGCGACUCCCACUACUCCUCCAGCGCCAAGUCCAAGCGCAUGCGUACCUCCUUCAAACACCACCAGCUGAGGACCAUGAAGUCCUACUUUGCCAUCAACCAUAAUCCAGAUGCCAAAGACCUGAAACAGCUGGCCCAGAAGACGGGUCUCACCAAACGGGUGCUGCAGGUUUGGUUCCAAAAUGCCCGGGCCAAGUUUCGACGGAACAUCCUACGUCAGGAGAGCACAGGGCUGGACAAGCUGUCGGAUGGGUCCACUCUACCAGGGGGGUCGCCUUCAGGCCCCCCCUCCGAGCUCUCCAACGCCUCAAUGAGCCCUUCCAGUACCCAUACCACCCUCACGGACCUGACCAGCCCCUCUAUGACAUCGGUUAACCCUGUACUGACCGCCGUGCUGGGGGGCAUGGACCCCCAUGACUCCAUGAGUAUGAGCCCUUCCCAGACCACCCUUACCAGCCUUUUCUGAUGUCACCCACCCCACCCCAUCUGCCCCUAAACCCAUCCACCAGCUCACUCAAGAUUGAGUCACUUAAAUAAAUUAUAUUCCCUCUGGACCCUGGACCUUAGGUUUCUACCUUGUCUAUUUCUAGUGUCUUUGUAUGAAUGGCAACUAAAGCCUUACGGAGCGCUCGGCUUGAUUUUGUAAAAAGCUGAAGAUACUUUUCCCCUGUUCUGUUUUCAUCUUUGUUUCCUUUCAAUGUUGGCUGACUGACACUACCCUCACCCGUGAUGUGGAUUUUCAAUUCUCACUCCAUCCCGACCACUCUGUUUCUAGGUAGAGAUUUGAAAAAAUAAAUAAAAAAAAGGAGGGAAAAGAACGGUGAAACAUUGGGGAGUGUAAAAUGCAGAUGCAAAGUACUGUAGCAAGGUUAUCCAGAAGACUCUAGCGUGCCUUAAACAUUUUGAUCACACUGAGGAAUCCCUGAUCUGAUACAUGUCUAAUCUAGGUGGCAUAUGUCUUAAAAGAUUUUGUUAAACGACGGGUGCACCACUGACAACUGCAUUUGCUUAUAACAUGGCCAUCAAAGCUGAUCUACUUCAAAAUUCACUCUGCACACAGUAAGGGGCUGAUGUCAACAAGAAAGAUUAUAUUGAUAGAAAUAGCAUAGACGAGAAUUAGAAUUACACUGAUAAAGUUAAUAUAAAGAUAUCAUGGUCACUAUCCUUAAGACUCAGACUUUGCUUUAAUAUUUUGUAACAAUAAACUGUCAUACACAGAAAUGAGAUAUAA